CUAUGAUCCUCUUUAUCAGCUGAUAAUCAGUUCAAAUAUAAACAGCGUCCACCUCAUCUACUCUCCCACUGCGAGACGCUCUGCAAAACGCUCGCCAACAUGCUUACAACCAACCACAGGCUGUUUGUCCUGACUGUGCUGGUGUCUCUACUGUUUGCCUUACAGGUCCAGUCUGCACCAGUAGAUAGUGACUGGGCAACCGGGCUGAUCCACCGCGCCAAGCGCUCAUUAUUAUGGCGAUGGAACACUCUGAAACCCGUGGGCUCUGGAUGUAGAGAUCACUAUGAGUGCGGAACCAACUACUGCAGGAAACAUACGUGCUCCUUCAAGAAUCAACACGCUUACGCCUGAAGAUUCUGGAAAGCGGCUAAAAUUCUCCCUGAAUCUUUCAAACAUCUGAUCUGACAAACAUCAUGAAGACUUUCAGACCUACAAGAAUCUCAAGAUUGAAUUUUAAGAAGAAAUGCACAGGUGAUAUUUCACCCCACAGUCAAAAAAGAAAAUGCAUUUCGCCCUUUUGAUUGUGGGGUGAAAUCUGUCACAGACAUUUCUAGACUGUUUUUGUGAGAUCUAUCCAUUAACAUGAUUUGUUUUAGUUGCACAAAAGUAAAAUAUUUACUUUGCAUCCAUAGUUUCUGAUUAAUAAUCACUGGGCACGAGAUGUUUGAUGUGAUCAAAUACAAACAUAAAUGACAAAAUAA